AUGGAGUCCAUGGUCGAUCUGUUUGCAGAAUUUCUUCGCCUUAGGUACCCAACGCUAUCGGCAGAAUUUUUAGAAUUCAAGACCCAUCACGCAGCGAACUCGCCGGCGGUCUCUGUCGCUCCCGUCGCUCCUGCGUCGUCCAUCGCGGCCUCCGUCGUGCCCGCCGAUCCCGUGUCGCCGAUACUCGCGCCCAAAACUUCUGCGUCGACCGUUGCAGCUUCCGCCCCAACCGUGCGUUCGUCGGCGACCUACGUUGCACCCGUGUGUUCGUCCACAGUCUCCGUCGUGCCUGCGUCGUCCACUGCUCCCGCUAAAACACCCACCCGCAGGUCGCCCGCGCCUUCCUCAUCCGAUUCAGAGUCGGACAUGGAGGUCGACCCUUCCCCCGCCGCCGCGACUGAUGGAUUCACAGUAGUCCAAAAAGUUUACACGGUAUAA